GAGAGGACGGUUUCCGAUCCUCAUCUGCCUCGUUCAUCCGAAUCGACAUCAGCUGAGAGCCGACGAGCUGUUCCAGAUCCAGUCACAGCUGUUCCUCGUCCAGUGGGUCUACAGUCACCAGCAAGGGAUCCCAAGUCUGGGUCUGCCGAGGAUCAUCGGAAUGAGCCCUGUCUCUUCCAUUCCUACUUGUACCAAGGCUGUCUAAAAGGGGAUCAGUGUGAAUAUUCACAUCUUAUCCAUGCCGAUCAAAUCCAGAUCCCGGGGCCCAAGACCCGGCGCGGCCACGCCCUCAUGCGCAUCAAACGGCGCUUGGCGCAAUGGCUAAGCACCGCAGAUCUGUAUUUGGUGCAUCACGAGCUCCAGGAAGAGGCGCGGAAGGACCCCUACGCCAAGGACUGCGAAAAAUCCUUGGAAUAUGGAAUAUCAUUGGGAUAG